UCUUGUCUAUUUAUGAAUUCAUGACAUGCGCGCUGAGCACGCUGAGCGAUCAGCGCUGCAUCUGUUCCAACUAAUUGUGCCCUAAAUUUUCCAAUGCCUACUUAAACUAUACAAAACAUUUUUCUUAUAUAGCGUUGUGAGUUGUAGUCUGCCUCACGUGGCUCUUUCAUUCCCUGAAAUCGUUAUUUGGCAAUUCAAAAUUCCAGAAGACUGCAAUGGCGCCACAAAAAGGAAAACAAGGAACUAAAGGACAAAAGCAGAUAGUAGAAGAGAAUAAACAAACCAUCAAGUUCUACAGUAUUAUGGCAGUUGCAGCACUAGUUGUUCACCUCGUCGCACAUGUGGUACUGUGGAAGGAUUCUAUUACAUUGUCUUACACGCUGCUCUUCCUGUUCUCAAUGCUCAUCUACGGUGGGUGCAUCCAAACAAUGCGGUACAUGGCUCGAGCAGCCUAUUCAGAAACUGGCCAACUCUUGGAUGGUGGCCUGGACCUCAACAUGGCACAAGCUGGCAUGGGCGAGCAUCUGAAAGACUUGAUCAUCUUGACUGCCUGUAUACAAACACUUUCACUGGUGUCAACGUAUGUCUGGAUUUUAUGGCUUGUGGCUCCUGCGUAUGCAUUCUACUUACUCUGGGUCAACAUUUUGGGACCAUGGUUCUUCCAGCCAGCACCUCCGGAGGUAGAUGACAAAAAGCAGAAGAAAUUGGAACGCAAGAGCAGACGACAUUGAAAUACUCCAGUCGUAUGCGCAGGCACAUCAGUUUGUGUGCUGAUUCACGAUAGGUUGAGGGUUGGAUAAGCUUACAUUGAUCGCCAAUUUUCAGAGGUUGAAAUUAAGUAGGUGUAUGCACUACAAAAUUUGGUUUUGAAGUCACAAGAUGAAAUAUCUUGAGUAAAAUUAAAUUGUUGGAUUUUACACUGAAAGGCUCUUGACCAUAUAUAGGAGGCACAUGCAGUCUUACUUUUGCUCAAGGUUCAGUGGUUCAAUUUCCAUUGACAUUCACAAAUGUGAGAAUAAAAGGUGAUGUCAGAAAUAUUCAUGAAGCCGUGGAUUGCUAAAGUUGAGAAUAUGUGGUUUGAUAUUGUUUUUCUUUAAGUUUUGACGCCAUCUGAUUCCCAUUGGUGGUAUUUUUUCACAAAUUUGUGUUUUCAGCAGUAGUAAAGCAAAUCUUGCACUUUUGUGGUUGCACUUCUCUUCAAUGUUCUGCACGGGAACUUGGUGACCAGCUUGUUUUUCCGUCCUGCUCUUGGGGCUGUUUCCUAAUGCACUCGUGACCUAACCAGACCAUGACAUAAUGCGUCAUAGUAAUGAUUCACCAAAAGAAGGAUAAGGGGUAGUGCUCUUGCGUUACAUUUGAAGUGUUGCCAUGUUUCAGCUGUCUUGUUCUACUGUUGAGAAUAAGAGAAUAGGCUUUGAUACUCGCUAGGGUGUCUACGAUUUGAGGGGAGAAUACGAAAAUUCUUGUGUACUGAUAUUUAGGUGCACAUUAUGGGACUCCAGGUGGUAGUAAUCAACCUGUAGCCAUUCGCCAUGACAUUUCCCAUAGCCAGGGUGUUGCUUUUGGAUGCAAGGUCGAUUGAUCAAUCAAUCUAUCAAUCAAUCAACCAGCUGUCCUAAAUGAUUGAAACAAUCAUUUCCAUGCUGUUUCAGUGCUUGGAAGCCCACUAGUUUACCGUUGUCAGCAAAGCCAUUGUUAGCUGCAAUGAUCUUUCUGCAUGGUAUUGUGGAGAAUGAACAUAAAUCUCCUAGUGAUGGAUUAUAGAGUUGAUUACAUAAUUCUUGCAAGAUCUUAUUGAUGACUGAGCAGUAUUGCUUAUUCAAUCUCAACUAUAACACUUCUAUUGUCUUUGUAGUAAAGUAAGAAUUAAGUUAAGGAGCUUCAAGUGACAUUGUGCAAAUGGCCUGUGUGAUUGAAUUUGGCAUGGGUGCGUGUGCGUGCGGUGAUGUGAACAAUUGGCAAAAGUGUGCUCAUGUGCUCAAGUAUGUAAAGGUAUGUCGUUAUUGCAUAGUGGGCUCAAGAGCCUUGAAUAAAACCCACUUGAUCUCUGAA